AUGGUCACGAAAGCUUCGGUUGUUGUUGCUGUUGCACUUUCGGCGGUUGCUGCUGCUGGAUCGAGCAAGAAAACCUGUGUGGUUAAGCACACCAAGAAUAGCGACGAUACACCCGCCAUUCUCGAUGCUUUCUCCAAGUGCCAGAAGGAUGGAAAUGUGGUUUUCUCCAAGGGCGUCACAUACAAUGCCUGGACUCCCUUUGCUGUUUACAAUCUUAGCAAUGUUAUUGUAAACAUUGAUGGCAAUAUUGACUUGCCCAAGCAGGUUUCAGUGGUUCAGCAGAAGAUUAACUCAACCGCGAACCCACCAUCCACUUAUGCAACCCCUUGGAUCUAUUUCCAAGGCGACCGUGUUCAGUUGAUCGGUUCCAAAUCCAAGAGCGGUGGGCAGUUCAACGGUUAUGGUCAACAGUGGUGGGAUAACGGGAUUCGGAUUCUCCGUCCUCAACUUGCCACUUUCAACGUUACCAACGGGUACAUCACUCGUCUUAAGGUCAUUAAGCCUGUUGCAUGGGGCUGGAAUAUUCCUGGGAAGAAUAUUCUUAUUGAGGACCAUUUUGUUGACGCAAAACCCAACAAUAGCACUCGUGAUUCAACUAUCUCUUUCCCCUUUAACACCGAUGGGUUCAAUUUUAGCGGUCAGAAUAUUACCCUGAACGGCUACUGGGGAGAGAACGGGGACGACUGCGUCAGUGUUGUUAAUGGUGCACGAAACAUUGUUGCCAAGAAUGGAUACUGUGGUUUCUCGUCACACGGUCUCUCAGUUGGAUCUCUCGGCCGUAAUGGCGCCAACCACACCGUUGCCAAUGUACUCUUUGACAAGUGGACUAUGGAAGGUGCGGUGUACGCUGCUCGUUUCAAGUCUUGGACAGGCGGAAACGGCUUUGCCGAGAAUGUGACUUGGUCAAACAUCCGUGCUAUCAACGUCUCCACCGCUGCCUUUGUCACUCAAAAUUAUUAUGACCAAGACAAGGGACCUCGCCCCGGUAACCAAAACAAAACCAGCACUCGCAUCACGAACUUGACCUUUAAGAACUUUGAGGGAUAUCUCGGUCCCAACUGGACCGACGGAACCUGCAUUUCCGAGCCAUGCUGGAACUACGUCGAGGGUGGUGAUACCACCCAGAGCAUUAUUCUCGACUUGUACAACGGCACCGCUACCGGCCUCAAGUUCCGUAACUUCAAGGUUCACCCCUACAAGAAGGGCUACGACAAGACGACCGUUAUUUGCGACCCAGCUACUCUUCAUCCUGAAGACAUCAAGGUCCUCGGAUUCAAAUGUGUGAGGGGCCCAUACCAGCCAACCGCUUGA